CCCUCUCCACAUCGUCUCUAUCUCCUUCUCGCCGGAACUCCAACCCUCCUUCGAAGAAGCUCCAAAGCUUCAUCAAUGGCGGCCUCCAAGGCUCAUCUCCUCCUCUCCUCCUCCCUCCACACCACCCAUCUCCGUUCAACCCCUUCCUUCCCCACAAUGCAAACCCCUCUUCUCCCUUCCCGUCCACCCAAACCCAUUCCUCUCUCUAAAACCCUAGCCGCCACCACCCUUCUCCUCUCCUCCCUCUCUCCCCUCGCACUCGCCGCCGACGACAUCGCUCCACCACCUCCUCCCUCCCCCGCUGCUGCCCAAUUGGAUGAGGCUGUUACACUGGCGAAUCCCUUCGCCCAAUCCCUCGUCACCGCUCCCGAACCCCAGGCCUCCUCCGACCUCCCUGACGGCUCCCAAUGGCGCUACAGUGAGUUCCUCAAUGCCGUCAAGAAGGGCAAGGUCGAGCGCGUCCGAUUCAGCAAGGACGGCGUCAUGCUCCAGCUCACCGCCGUCGAUGGCCGCCGCGCCAACGUCGUCGUUCCUAACGAUCCGGAUCUGAUCGACAUCCUCGCCAUGAGCGGCGUAGACAUCUCCGUCGCCGAUGGCGAGGGCGGCAAUGGUCUGCUCGGAAUCAUUGGUAACCUUCUCUUCCCCUUCCUUGCCUUCGCCGGGCUCUUUCUCCUCUUCCGCCGCGCCCAGGGCGGACCGGGAGGCGGUCCCGGUGGGCUCGGCGGUCCGAUGGAUUUCGGGCGGUCAAAAUCCAAGUUCCAGGAAGUGCCGGAGACUGGGGUUACCUUUGCGGACGUCGCCGGCGCCGAUCAAGCCAAGCUUGAGCUUCAGGAGGUCGUUGAUUUCUUGAAGAACCCGGACAAGUACACUGCUUUGGGUGCCAAAAUCCCCAAAGGUUGUCUGUUGGUCGGUCCGCCGGGCACUGGCAAGACAUUGCUAGCUCGCGCAGUGGCCGGGGAGGCUGGCGUGCCAUUCUUCUCCUGUGCUGCAUCGGAAUUUGUGGAGUUGUUUGUGGGUGUUGGAGCUUCGAGAGUGAGGGAUUUGUUUGAGAAGGCAAAGGCAAAGGCACCCUGCAUAGUGUUCAUUGAUGAGAUUGAUGCAGUGGGGAGGCAGAGAGGGGCCGGACUUGGCGGAGGGAAUGAUGAGAGGGAGCAAACAAUCAACCAGUUGUUGACGGAGAUGGAUGGGUUCUCAGGGAACAGUGGGGUGAUUGUUCUUGGGGCGACGAAUAGGCCGGAUGUGCUUGAUGCUGCAUUGUUGCGGCCGGGAAGGUUUGAUAGACAGGUUACUGUCGAUCGGCCGGAUGUUGCUGGCAGAGUGAAGAUCUUGCAGGUGCACUCCAGAGGAAAGGCACUUGCUAAGGAUGUGGACUUUGAGAAAAUUGCCAGGAGAACACCAGGCUUCACUGGAGCUGAUCUACAAAAUUUAAUGAAUGAAGCUGCUAUUUUUGCAGCUAGACGUGACCUUAAGGAGAUAAGCAAAGAUGAGAUCUCUGAUGCUUUGGAGAGGAUAAUUGCUGGACCUGAAAAGAAAAACGCCGUUGUGUCUGAUGAGAAGAAAAAACUAGUUGCAUAUCAUGAGGCGGGUCAUGCUCUUGUGGGCGCACUCAUGCCGGAAUAUGAUCCUGUUGCCAAGAUCUCCAUCAUUCCGCGAGGUCAAGCGGGUGGACUGACUUUUUUCGCUCCAAGCGAAGAGAGGCUUGAGUCAGGACUGUACAGCAAGAGCUACCUUGAAAAUCAGAUGGCCGUCGCCCUUGGUGGAAGGGUCGCCGAAGAGGUAAUCUUUGGGGAAGAGAAUGUUACGACCGGAGCUUCAAACGAUUUCAUGCAAGUUUCUCGUGUUGCAAGGCAAAUGGUCGAGAGAUUUGGUUUCAGCAAGAAGAUUGGCCAAAUUGCCAUUGGGGGCCCUGGUGGAAACCCAUUUCUAGGCCAGCAGAUGUCAUCACAAAAGGACUACUCCAUGGCAACUGCUGAUGUUGUUGAUGCUGAGGUUAGAGAGCUUGUGGAAAAGGCUUAUUCAAGAGCCAAGCAGAUCAUUACCACUCACACUGACAUUCUUCACAAACUUGCCCAGCUUCUCAUUGAAAAAGAAACUGUUGAUGGAGAGGAAUUCAUGAGCCUGUUCAUUGAUGGCAAAGCCGAACUUUUCAUAGCUUGAGUCAUACAUUUGUAACUCUGGCUGCGGCUUCAUUCAACAUGUCCGUCGCAUCACUGUCCAUGUUAAGCUUCGCAAGGGCCACUGCUUGCAUGUAGAAGGCGGUCGGCCAAUCUGGAUGAACGCACUGAGCUUGCAUCGCGUCCC